AGUACCAAAUGCUUUUCUUGACAUGCCACAGGCUUUGAGAGAGCCAGACUCAUGCUGCCACGGCACGCUUCCACUCCAGGAGCAAAGCAAACAGUUUAAUGCGAUUCCAGUUGGAGGGGCCUCAGUCUCUGGGUCCUCAUUGGUCUGAUCAAGCUUGAAAGCAUCUAUUGAGCCACUCCAGUGGAAUUUGAGGUCCUAAUGCGACUCUCAGAAGAAGGAAUUUGUGUGUUUCUGUGAAGUGUGCUCUGGGUUGAACUGCAGGCACAAGAAAAUCCACUCUCUGCUUUGAUAAUCCAGAGAUCAGUCAUGCCUUUGGAGAACAUACCAGGGUUGAGGUGGAGGCUGGUGCUAAUCUCUGUCCUUGUUUGUGGUCUAAUCUUUGAAUUAGUGAAAGCUGCCCAAGAACAGAGGGCCUCUGUGGGGAGGACAGUAAAGCAGAGCAAACCCAAACCUGGAAGAUCAACAAAUAAAGCUGCAGCCGCCAAAAGCAACACAAAAGCUAAACCCGCAGCUACGGCACAAACCUCACUCACGCAGGUGCUGAGCAGAGGUAAAUUCAGGAAGGUUGGAGAAACCAUAACUGUCCAGGCUGGAAGCGUUUUGGAGCUAAGGUGCAGGGGCAAACCUGUACAGUGGGGGGUCCCUCCUUACUUGGAGGAGGAUGACGAUGGAAGACUUAAGAUUGUCCAACACGAGCGCUAUGGGGUCCUGAUGCUAAUCAACAGCACAGGUGCAGACACAGGAGAAUACACCUGCUAUCCCAUGUACUGCAAGAACACAGACUGCAGGAGGGACUACAACAAGGCAGUCAAGGUCUUUGUUUUCUUUCAGGAUCCACAAGAGCUAUUUGUGCCAACAAGUGAUUACUAUGAGGUGAUCCAAAUGAGAACCAACUGGCCGACAGUCCUGCCCUGUCAGGUCACAUCACCUGAGGCGAAAGUGACUCUCCAGCGGGAGUUCCCGCCUGUUGAAGUCACUGUGGACGGGAGUGAGAUCUCCUUUGAUGUCAAGAAGGGUUUCACCAUCCAUCGGCCCCAGCCUCAUCAUGCAGGAGAAUUGUUCUGUGUGGCCAGUUUGGGCAGCCUGAGGCAGAGCUCUACUAAGUACAUGCUCAUCUAUGUUAACUAUCCUCUGGCUCCACCUGCUCCAGUCAUUCAGGCAUCAUCCACCUCUUUGUCUGUUGGUGGAAACCUCCAGAUCAGUUGCACUGUGAUUGGAGAACAGGAUGUGGUGGUAGAGUUCAACUGGGAAUAUCCGGGACAGCAGAUUGGGAGGCCUCUCUACACACAGGAGAGUGUCACUGCAGUCAGCCAAGGAUCUGCCCAGCAGCAGCAAUCUCAAUCGGUUCUCCUGGUGGAUGAAGUGAGAGAUGUGGAUCAAGGAACAUACACCUGCACUGCUGGGAACCUGCAAGGAACCAAAUCUGCAUCCACAACUGUUAAAGUUGUUACUAAAGACAAAACCAAUAGAUCUUGAGUGACACACAGCUGGAUUGUCACAUUAUCUUCUCCAGACAUUUGAUAUCCAUAAAUGACAAAUACUUUUAAUACGUAGGAUAAAAAUUCCUCCUUACUCUACUUCUUUGUGUGAAAAAUUUAAGAAGUGAAAGUGUAGCAUUAAAGUGAUGACAACAUACUGUGGGUUGUUCAUGCAAAAGUAUUUGCUUCUUUAAUUAAAUGGUUUGUACCUUC